GACCCAGCCCGAACUACAGCAUCUUGAUGACAAAACUCAGGUUAAAGAGGGAAUGAUGGACAAUAGAAGCUACUCCAAUCUGCCAGAUAAACUGCCUGUCUUCUCUGAUUCUACCCACUUGCCACUGACCCGGUCCUUCUUUCUGGACCCUGUGGUCACUUUCCACGUGUACCCUGAAGCCCCAGUGCCAUCCCCUUACUCUGAAGAGCUGUCAUUGCUGCCUUUUUCCAGUGACUCUAUGAUCAUGGAGAAUUAUGGUGAAUCCUGCCCCUUCUCUUUCUCAAUGCCUUACCCAAAUUACAGAAGGUGUGAGUACUCCUAUGGGCCGGCUUUUAUCCGGAAAAGGAAUGAGCGUGAAAGGCAGCGGGUGAAAUGUGUCAACGAAGGCUAUGCCCAGCUCCGCCAUCACCUCCCAGAGGAGUAUUUGGAGAAACGACUCAGCAAAGUGGAAACCCUGAGAGCUGCAAUCAAGUAUAUUAAUUACCUGCAAUCUCUUCUGUACCCUGAAAAGGCUGAAGCCAAGAAUAACCCUGGCAAGGCACUCCCCAUAAUGGCAACCACCAGCCCCCACACUGACCCCAUUUUUAGAAUCAUCUGACUUAGUGUUUCCAAAUGGAAACAAAUAAUUUCACAAAAUUGAGU